AACACACCUGCUAAUUAUCUCCUCUCUCUCUCCCCCGCACAGGUAAAUGCCUUGGAAUGUAUGGACACACCUGUGGACGUGAUUGGCAGGUUUGGGCAGGUGUGGGAACUCCAUCCGCCACAACCUGUCUCUCCACAACCGGUUCAUGCGAGUCCAGAACGAGGGCACCGGAAAGUCCUCGUGGUGGGUGCUGAACCCCGACGCCAAGCCCGGCAAGUCCACGAGGCGCCGCGCCAACACCAUGGAGGGCGGACGCUACGAGAAGAAACGCGGACGAGUCAAGAAGAAGAUGGAGGCGUUAAGGAAUGGGCUGGACACGACCUCCUCUCCCUCCUCGUCGAUGAAUGAGAACCUGGACCUGUACCCCGACUCGCCGCACACCCACCCGGUCCACCCCGCCUACAGCCACCUCUCCCCCCAGGACUACCGCCCCCGCGCCUCCUCCAACGCCUCGUCCUGCGGCGGUAGACUCUCGCCCAUCCCCGCCAUUGAGUCUGAUAUGCACGACUCCCAGGUACCCCCAAUGUCCCCGGGGCUCGGUGGGUGGGGGGGCGAGUAUUGGCCCCACCACCCCCACCACCCCCACGCCCACCCUCACGACCGCUACGCCGAUCAGCUGGUAGAUUCCAUGGGGGAGGGACUCAAGCUGGGGCCGACCGACUCCUGGGGGGGACCCGGGCGUAUCCCCAACCCCCAGGACUGCCUCAAGCUGUCCCAACUCUCCCCCCACCCCCCCACCGCGCACAUCAACGGCUUCGUCCACCCCCACCACAGCCACCACCCACAGGGUUUCAACACCUUCGAGGACUUUCAUCGGUUCGGGCCCCACACCCCCCACGGUCCCCCCUUCCCCCACCCGCCCGCCCCCCACCCCCCGCUCCCCCAGCAGGAUAAGAUGCCCACGUCUGCACGCCCGCAUCCUCACAAUAAUUAUUCCCUGACCAAUCUCCAGGCCAUGUCGCCGGCGCACAGCGUCCACAGCCUGUCGCCGACGCAGCCACUCGGGGAAGGCCACUACCCAGGGCCGGGCGGGGAGGCACAUCAGCCCAACACCUUCCCCACGCCCCCCUCCUCCCAGCCCCAGCACACCGCCCCCACCGCCCACUCGGCCUCCACCAAUGAGCCCAACAUGCUGAGGGCAGCACUAACCCACCGUGAGCAGCAGCAGCAGCAGCACCAACAGCAGCAACAGCAACAGUCGCAGCAGUCGCAAACUCCGCAGCAGCAGCAGCAGCAACAGUCGCAGCAGUCCCAAAGUCACAGCAGCAGCCCGGGCAGCAGCGAGGCGGGGGGCGCGACGGGGUCCGGCCCCAGCCCCGCCUCGGGGAGCGGUUCCGGGGGACAGGUGCACAUGCAGGACUUUGUGGACUUCGAUACCCCGAUCCAGGGUGGACUGGACUGUAAUGUGGAGGAGGUGAUCAAACACGAGCUACAGGUGGAAGGGAACUUGGACUUCGCGUUCCCCCAAGCCCACCACGGACACCACGGACACCCGCACCUCCACGCCCAGUCCAUGGCCCACUCCCACGCCCAGGCCAUGGCUCACUCCCACGCCCACGGACACGCCCACGGACACCCAGACGCCCCACAGAUGCCCACCCCACCUGGCAUGCCCUACCAGUGUUCAUCCAUCGCUGCGGGCAAUCAGUGGGUUCGCUAAUGGGUGGGUAUCGGUGGCGGCGGCGACGACCUGACAGGGAGGCAAGGGACAGCAUGGAGAGUUGUCCCCUGCCCUUCACGCCCCUGCUCCUGCCCCCCUCUGGCCUGGACGGGACGAGAAGGGGCGGGGCGGUGCGGCAGGGGCGGGAGGGAAGGACAGAGGGCAGGGAGUGUUGGGAAGGUUUGGACUCAGGGACUUUGGCACUAGACCGACGUAAAGGCUGGCACUGAAUUCCAUAGACUGUGUGGUGUGAUACAGACUUACACACACACACACACACACACACACACACACACACACACACAUAGAAACACACAAAUACACAUCCCAUACACACACACACACACACACACAAAACAAGCAAACAUACACACACGCACACACAUACAGAAAAAACACACACACACACACACAUACAGAGAAAAACACAUACACACACACACGCUCACAUUUACAAACAGGGAAAUACAUACACGAUACAUAAUCUUCCCUAAACACACACACACACACACACACACACACACACACACACACACACACACACACACACACACCAGCCAGCCACCCAGCCGAGUCCACGUCCCUUCCUUACCUACCCCCAAAAACCCUUCUGUCCAGCGUUCCUUGUGGUCUUUCCCUUGCACCUCCCGCGCUCAGAAGACAAGAGAACAGCUGACACUAGACCAUCAGCUGUUUCUCGGGGCCAGAGGGAGGCUGCAGAGCGAGGAUGGAGGCCGAGACUUAAUCCUCCUGUGACAAUCUAAGACAAGCGCUGUUUGGCUUAGUCUGAAAAAAGAAAACGUACGGGAGUGAUUUUUUAAACGUAUAUCAUAUCUAUGGUUGUGAUGACAGACUCCAGGACUACACACAUACACGGAAAGGGAUUAGAACUGCACUGGAUUCCUUAAAAAACACGGAUUGGAGUGGAAUUAUAACUUGGAACUAAGAGAGACAUACACACAUUCACCCACGCACUGUUCUCGUGUAUGUAUCUACUUGCAAACCCCGCGCAGUGAUGGAUGUGCUUACGUUGUGACUACAUUGUGAUAAUAAACAAACAAAUGUGAAGUGUAGUGAGUGUAGAAGCCGAUUCGUGGUAGCCAGUGGGUGUUGUUUGGAAGUGUUGGCGUGAGAGCGAGACGGGGCAAGAAGUGGAAGAGUGGGAAGCGAAGGAAAGGAAGUGAGAGGAGAAGGAAAGAGAUGAAGGAGGGAAAGAAGUGAUAAGCUGAUGACGGGUAGUGGAAAAAGGCGUUGAGUGGAAGAAUGAGAAGAGGGAGAAAAAGAAGAGGAGGGGAGAGAAGGGAGAAAUAGUGAACGGAUACAGAAAGAGGAAAUGAUGGAAAAGGGAGAAAAGUGAGGAGAGGAAGAGAUAGAGAAGAGAAGGGAGAUGAUAAUGGGUACAGAAAGAGAGAAGAGAAGUAAGAGAAGAGGGAGAGAAAGAGAUAGAGAAGAGAAGUGAGAUGAUAAUGGGUACAGAAAGAGGCAACGGUGGAAGAGAGAAGUGAAGAUAGAGAAGAGGGAGAGAAAGAGAUAGAGAAGAGGGAGAGAAAAGAGAGAGAAGUAGAUAACGGGUAGCAGAAAAAAGGCAAUGAUCGAAGGUUGUCACACACACACACACACACACACACACACACACACACACACACACACACACACACACACACACACACAC